AGAAGCAUCCUCAAGGGCUCAAAAGUGUCCCACAAAAAUUGAGAUGACAAGCGUCUAGCGGGGCGGUUCACACCUGCGAUUUGUUUAUUUGGUGGUUACCUUCACUCGUAAGGAAACAGAUACCGCGUCUGGUCCGUAAGCUCAAACUCUCUUUGGUCUUGGGUACCCACUAUCCUCCACUCCCUCUUCUAUUUGAAUUAUCCGAUUCCGUCUCUUCCUCGAUUAUCAAAGAUCCAAUUUUUUUUGGACGAUUUGGGAUCAGGGUCUGAUUGCGAUCGAAAAGGAUUGGAUCAUGUCGAUGCUCGACUCCUUCUUCAACAAGGGCUUCAAAGCUGCCAAAUGUAAAACCCUGCUGAAACUGACAAUUCCGAGGAUAAAGUUGCUGAGGAAUAGGAGAGAGAUUCAGAUAAAGCAGAUGCGCCGAGACAUUGCCAAGCUUCUUGAGACGGGUCAAGAAGCCACAGCUCGCAUUCGGGUCGAGCAUAUUGUGAGAGAAGAGAACAUGAUGGCUGCACAGGAGAUCAUUGAGCUGUUCUGUGAGCUUAUUACAGUCCGCCUUCCGAUUGUUGAAUCACAAAGGGAAUGUCCUCUAGAUCUGAAGGAAGCAAUAUCCAGUGUUUGCUUUGCAGCACCAAGAUGUGCGGAUCUACCAGAGUUGCUGCAUGUUCAAAUGCUAUUUACAUCCAAAUAUGGAAAGGAAUUUGUAUCAGCUGCAUCAGAGCUUAUGCCAGAUUGUGGUGUUAAUCGCCAGUUAAUAGAACUGCUAUCAGUUCGUGCCCCUUCACCCGAGAAGAAACUAAAGCUUCUGAAAGAAAUAGCUGAAGAGCAUGAGUUGGAUUGGGAUCCAGCUGCCACUGAAUCAGAGUUUUGCAAAACUCAUGAAGAUUUAUUGAACGGCUCAACACAGUUUGUAAGUGGGUCUAAAUUGCCCCUUCCUCAAGAAAAACAUGAUGAGACAUUGUAUUCUACCCCUGAACAACCCUACAAAGAACAGCCAGAGUCUGAUUCCGGCUUUGAUGUGUUAGAUCUUCCCGAAGUUCCUAAGUCAUCAUUACAGUCAAGCGCAAGUGUUGCUUCAGCGCCAGCAGUGUUCCCAUCUUUUCAAGCUGCUCCACAUCCUAAUAUUGGUCAUGAAUCACCAAAGCAUUCUGGAGUUAUUGAAAAUCCAUCACAGGAGCCGCAUUUUGAACCUGAGGAAGUGAUGCAAGAAAGAUCAGUGGAGAACGAAAAUGAACAACCUAGUGUUCCAGUUGGUGGUGGAGAGGAUAAACAAUUCCUGCCAUUUAUCUCUCCUCCAUCCUUAUCUUCUGCAUCAUUUUCUGCAACACAUAGUAACCCACCAGCCACUCUCUCAAGAGCAAAAAGUGAGGCCAACGUGGACUUGCAGGAUGUCUUGGCUGCAGCUCAGGCUGCUGCAGAAAGUGCUGAACGUGCAGCAGCCGCAGCUCGCUCAGCCGCUAGCCUUGCAAAGGUCAGAAUCGAUGAGCUCACCAAGAAAAGUAGCGACCAGUUCGUUGAGAAUAGCUGUGAGGAGCGGUUUGAUAACGAUGUUCCUGACCAGACAGGUUCUAAGGAAAACCCACAUUUUGAUCAUCAAAGCUUGUUUGGCAAUUCCAAUGAUGUUUUAAACUCCCCUGAGUCCCAUCAAGAUGGUGAAGACUUCCGGAGAUCAGAGACAUCAAGUUUUGACACACACAAAGUGGAUUUUGAUUCCUCUCUUACCAAUGAUCAUGGUUUUGAAAAUGAGCUUGCUCAUCACCAGCCCCAGAGAUUACCUUCAAUGGAUGAUGACCCGUAUUUCUCAUAUCCGAACUUGUUUACAUCACAGAAUUCAGGUCUUGGAUCUUCUGCUCAUUCCUCCACAGAUAAUUCCCGAUCCACCCAUGAGGUCUAACUUGAAUUAUGUACCCAUGAGGCCUUUGCUCAUCUUUGUUCAAGAUCAUACUGCAGAGUGGAUGUAACGUUCAGUUAUGGUUUUUAUUUUUAUUUUUUAUUUGUAAAGAGCGCAGUUAUUAGGUAUAUAAUAGGCGUGUAAUUUGCGUCAAAAGGUCUCCCGUGUUUAUGAACGUACUGCUUUUGCAGUUGUGAAACUGCCCUCGAUGGUAAAUGCUAUAGUUUGUUGAGUGUGCAA